AGUAUACAACGAUGUUCUUUUCCUGUAUGGAUAGAAAGAUUAGAUAGCGUGUGGGAAAUCAAGAACAGAGCUGAAACUUCUUCUCUUCACUUGAAACUGUGUUUGAAAAAGAAAAAAAACAUGGCCACACUAUUCUCACCUUUGUCUCUGCACUCUGCUCGCCCCUCUUCUUCUUCCUUUUCUUCUUCUUCUUCUUCAUCUUCUCCCUUCUUUGCCUUUUGCAGCUUCCCUUUGCGCUCUCGCAUUUCAUCUUUGAAGGCACAAACAGUUCUUCUUCAGAAGAUGAAGCGCGUGGUAAAGGCAGUGGAAGAAGAGACCCAGCAAGAACUCACCGCUGUGGAUGAGUCUGAACAACCAUCAACCUCCGAAGCACCACCCGUUGUGGUUCCCGUUUCCCCAUCAGAUACUCUCACCAUGUUCUUUCAGGCAGAGGGAACCGUGAGUGAAACAGCUAUUCCAGCUUUAACCAAAGCUUUAGAGGAGACAGAUGGUGUUACUGAUUUGAAGUUUCAGCUUGCCGAGGGACUUGCAAUUUUAGAGUUGAAGAAGCAGACAACAGUCCAAGCUACAGGAGUGGCUUCUGGUCUUUUAGAAACCAUACAAGGUUCAGGCUUUAAACUACAGACAUUAAAUCUGAGUUUUGAGGAUGAAGAAGUUGCAGUUGCCUAGACUAAAUGUGCUGGUGUUAUAACAAUAGUUUGAGGGAGUACAUUUUUUUUUUUAAAGAACAUGCCUUUCACACAUUCCUGACUAGAGCCUCGAACAAUCAUUUUGGUUUGUAUAGGGCUGACUGAGGAUAUUGGUUAUUAUUAUUAUUAUUGUUGUUUUUGUUAUCAUUAUUGUUAUUAUUUCUUGAAAAAAAUGAAAGAUUAUUUGAUGAUGAAA